UGAGUACAAGCCGCGCGCGCGUUGCGAUCGUUUCUAGCGACGAUUUGACGCUUUCUGUUCGAAGGAAAUUUUAUGUCAAAUUUUUAAAGUGGAGCGUUACGUUGUUAAUUUUAUGGAUUCGUAUUGGACAAUUAAUGAUCGCAGUGAACAUGAGAACGUCGUUGCAGCGCUCAUAGUGUUUACCGGAUUGUGAAACCUUGUAAUGAGUGUUAAGUUAAAAACAUAAUCGUAUCGUUAAAAUGCGCGCGUGGACUGUAUUGCUGACCGUCGCCUGUGUCGGGGGAACCCUCGGUUGUAACUUCUAUCCUGUCGGAGAGUAUUUAAAAUUUGUGAGGAUACCAGAAAAUUUGCAAGUCGGGGAAGAAGUGCUGAAAGUUGAAGUACAUCCGAGAAAGAACCUGGUGCUGCAAGCGGUGGAGCGGUCGGAAGAUGCCCACAUGUUCACCUACCGUGACCUUAACCGAACCCACGUGGCUGUGGUGUUAGCACAGAGCGUGGACCAUUUAGUGGACAGCGCAGCACCACAGAACGUUCUCAAGUUCAGACUAGGCUGCGACUUUGACUCCGGGGACGACUUGAUAUCUGCAUACUUAUCGGUGACAGUGUACAUCGAGGAUAUUAACGACAACUCCCCCGUUUUCCUCGACGCGCCAUACACGGUCACCGUGGACGAGCUGACACCCACAGGUCUAACCAUAUUCAAGCACAUUCGAGCACUCGACAGAGAUAAGCCAAACACUCCCAACUCCGACAUCCACUACAGUAUCAUAGCGGGGGACGAGGAGGGCCGCUUCGCUCUCGAGAGCUCGAACAAGCCCGCGCUUGUAUUGAGGAAACCAUUGGACUUUGACAGCGGGGAUAGAGAGUUCCUGCUCACCCUAGUAGCAUCUGACAGUGGAUCUCCCCCAAGGAGUACCAACACAACACUUCUAGUGAUCGUUCAGGACAAUGAUGACUUGCCUCCCAAGUUUACUCUGGAUGUUUACAAAACUAAAAUACCUGAAUUCUAUCCGUUACUCGGAAAAAGAAUUCACCAGGAGUUAUCAUUCGAGCAUCCAAUCAGAGCGUUCGAUCAGGAUAGUGGAGUGGCAGCGCCGGUUCGCUACGAGCUGAUCUCUGGUAAUGAGAGGAGACUGUUCUCUCUCAGCGCAUUAAAUGGGAGUUUGUUUUUAGACAGAGAAAUAGAUUUGGACGCUGAAACAGGAUUGCCUGCAAACACAUUCAUGCUUCAAAUUCAGGCUUCACAAGUGGACAAUCCUCUCAAAUCAGCCCAAGCGAGAGUUGAAAUAGAAGUAUUAGACCUCAACGAUAACCUUCCAGACUUUGAAGUUGAUUUCUAUAAUAUAAGCAUCGUUGAAAAUCUUCCAAAUGGUUUCAGUGUUCUUCAAGUAAUGGCAACAGAUAAAGAUCAAGGAGACAAUGGAGAAUUUAGUUAUCAAUUAAACGACCCACAUCAGGCUUUUUCCAUAGAUCCUAGAACUGGCUGGCUGACGGUGAAAAAUCAGACUGUAUUAGAUCGUGAAGAACACUCUUCCCUUCGUAUGAAAGUAUAUGCUAAUGAAAAAAAUCCAAGCAUAGUUGGUACGUUUUUGGACAAACAAAGGCUGUCAAAAUGGCGUCGUGGUCCAACUACACCGAAGUUUACGUCUUCGAAAGAGAAAACAACAUACGUAUUUCCCGAUAAAAUCGGAACCAAAAGCGAAAACAUCGAAUAUUUUGAAGACAAAAACCAACUCAUGUCGUUUGUCACUGUAGAGGUCACAUUACUAGAUGCAAAUGACAACAAUCCAAUUUUCAUUCCAAGUAAUCUGUAUGAAUUCACAAUCAGAUCAAAUGCAAAUAUGGGCGAUGAAAUUGGAAAGGUAAAAGCCGUUGAUCCUGAUUUAGGUCGGAAUGGAAUGGUGCUUUAUGACUUACAAAGGACAAGCAACUUGACCGUUACUUCAUCCUUCCAAAUAGACGCACAGACUGGAACCAUCACAUUAGCUGAGUCACCCCUAUUGGGUGGAAGACAUGCACUAUUUAUCGAAGCUUCGGAUCAACCUGCUAAUCCCAGUGAAAGACGAUAUUCUUUAGCUGUCGUUACUAUUGAUGUUAUUAAUGUUAAUAAAGGGACACAUGCUGACAAGCCCGAUUUCAUUGGAGCACCAUAUGAAUUCUGGGUUGGUUCUAAUGUUGGGAUCGGGACCAGUGUAGGGCAAAUAAAGGUAAACGAAGUGAUGAAAAGAAGUGAACUUUCAUAUGACUUGCUUCAUGGAUAUGAAGAUGGAGUGCCGUUUGCGGUUGAAGAACGCUCUGGAGUAAUAACUGUAAUAGAUGAACUAGCAAAAUAUCCGCGGCCUGUGUACGACUUCGAAGCUUUGGCUAUACAAGAAAAGCUUAACGUCACCAUUUCCACCAAUACAUCCAUACAUAUCGUUGACGUUAACGAUGAGAGAGAGGGACACAUUCCCCACUUGUGUUUCACGUUAAAGAGAAUAUCGCUGGUGCUACAAUUGGUCAAAUAUUUCAAAUUAACAUAAGUACAUUAUUAGCAAAUAAUUCAGGAAAAAUUCAAUUUAUCAUCGCAAAUCAACAAGAUGUUUCAGAUGAUAUCGCCAUAGGACAAGACGGAACAAUCUAUGCCCAAAAAGCGUUGGAUAGAGAAAGACGAGAUAUCUAUAGAAUGACUGUUGUUGCUGAAUUCCGUAGAGGUAUUAUUACUGGAGCGGGAUUAUACCAAAUCACAAUAUUUGUUGAUGAUGAAAAUGAC